CCUCCCUGCUUCCCCCCCCCCCAGAGGGAGAUGUAAUGGGCACUCCUGGCCGCCCCUGUCCGUUUCAGCCCUGGGAAGAUCCUCUCCAUCCCCCGCAGGGAGGAGUCCAGUCUGACCUCUGGCAACCCCCUCCACACAGGUUCCUUCUCCACGUUGCCAAAGCGAUUGGCCUUCCUCCAGGAUGGCAUCGUGGGAGUUUUCCUGGGCAGCCAGGAGCCAUCGGGUUGAGUCAGCCAGACGAGCCCCUCGCCGCGUGGCGCACCUCAUCCCCCAGGAGAUUCUCUCUGACCCGGAGCUCCAGGACGCCGUGGGACGCCUGCCGCACAACUACAACUUUGAGGUCUACAAAACAGUGUGGCGGGUCCGUCAGGCCCAAGCCAAGAGGGUGGCGCUGCAGAUGCCGGAGGGGCUCCUGAUGUUUGCUUGCACCCUGGCCGACAUCGUUGAGAGGUUCACCGGGGCAGAGGCCGUGGUGAUGGGCGACGUGACCUAUGGGGCCUGCUGCGUGGACGACUUCACCGCACGGGCCUUGGGAGCGGACUUCCUUGUCCACUAUGGGCACAGCUGCCUGAUUCCCAUCGACCCCACGCAGGGCCUGAAGAUGCUCUACGUGUUUGUGGACAUCAAGAUCGACACGGCCCACCUCGUCCAGACCCUCCGCUUCAACUUCCCCCCCGGGGCUCAGCUGGCCCUGGUCAGCACCAGCCAGUUCGCCUCCGCGCUGCAGGCCGCCUCCCGGGAACUCCAGCCUGACUACCGCAUCUGGACCCCCCAGUGCAAGCCCCUCUCCCCAGGAGAGCUGCUGGGCUGCACGUCGCCCCGGCUGGCCCAGGAGACGGACGCCAUUGUCUACCUGGGAGACGGGCGCUUCCACUUGGAGUCCAUCAUGAUCGCCAACCCUGGCAUUCCCGCCUACAGGUACGAUCCGUACAGCAAGGCCUUCUCCCAGGAGCUGUACGCCCAUGAGCGCAUGCAGCAGUCACGGAAGGCGGCCAUCCGCCGGGCGGCCUGUGCCCACAAGUGGGGCCUCAUCCUGGGCACCCUGGGCCGGCAGGGGUCUCUGGCCAUCCUGCAGCACCUGGAGUCGAGCCUGCAGGCGGCAGGGCGUCCCUACGUCCGGCUUCUCCUCUCGGAGAUCUUCCCCAGCAAACUGCAGCUGUUUCCAGAUGUUGAGGCCUGGGUGCAGGUAGCAUGCCCCCGCCUCUCCAUAGACUGGGGGGAGGCCUUUGAAAAGCCUCUGCUGACGCCUUAUGAGGCUGCGGUGGCUCUGCAGCAGAUCCAAUGGCAGGAGAUCUACCCCAUGGACUUCUACGCCGGUCAGUCUCUGGGACCCUGGACGGUGAACCACCCCAGCCACCGGCCCCAGAAGGGGGUCAGGACCAAAGAGGUGAAGCUGGCCAAAUCCCUCCUCCCAUCUGCUGGGAAAGAAGCCCUGAAGAGCUGCUCCUGCCAGCAGGAGGAGGAGGAGAAGGCGUCAUCAAACCUUGGAGUGGAGUCAGGAACUGAGAUGGGUCCCAGGCUGUGUGUGGAGCAGCAGCAGCAGCAGCAGCAAUAGGGGCCGAAUUCUGAAGCACAGACAUUUUGGGGGGAUUCCCCCAUCCCUCCCCACGCUCCAGUGGGAAAAAACAACCUGAUACCAAACUCCAGCACUUGAUCCAGAUGGGAGGGUGCUGUGUUCUACUGCCAGCUCUUUGGGAGGCAAGGUUUUUGCCUCCAAGUCCAGUUGCAACCACUGGCAUUUGGGGUUCAGCAGCUGGAGAAACAGAAGGAAACGGGGGACCUUGCUGGAGACCCAGGAACUGAAUAUUUGGACUAAUAACACCAAUGACCAAGCACAGACACCUGCAGCUGUGGGGAGAGGUGGGCCUGGUGGCAGUGAGCAAAAGAGGGCAGGUGUGUGUUUGGGGGUCCCAGCAAUCUGAUGGUGCAGGAAGUCCUUAUCUCCAUCUGUGCUGGUUGAUACCAAAGGCAGCCUUGGGUCAAAAGCUCCUGUCUUUUGCUCUGAAGGUUGACAAUGCAGUGGUUAAAGUGCUGCACUGCAGGCUGAGUCUGCCCACUGCCGGGAGUUCAAUCCUGACCGGCUCAAGGUUGACUCAGCCUUCCAUCCUUCCCAGGUCGGUGAAAUGAGGACCCAGAUUGUUGGGGGAAAGAUGCAAAUAAUGCUGACAUUGUAAAACCCGAGAGAGUGCUGUGAAGCAUUAUGGGGCAGUAUACAAGCCAGAAUGCUAUUGCUAUUAUUGACAUGCCUGAAUACUGUCAGAACAAAACUCUGGUGAUGCAUUGUUAGGGACUUAAAAAGUAACUUGGGAACGAUAA